GAUGCCUCCGAGAAGGAGAUCUACGCAUCAUGGGCUAUCUUCAUCCUCAUCAUGCUGAUGAUAGUGGCCCUCUUCACUAGCUACUUCCUACAGCAGAGGAAGGUCACGGCCAUACACGAGACUGUCGCAUCCAUCUUUGCCGGCAUGAUCGUUGGACUGACGCUGCGAGUCGCCGGUGGUGAGACGCUCCAGAACCUCGUCAGCUUCGACUACCAGAUCUUCUUCAACCUCCUCCUACCCCCGAUCAUCCUGUCCUCGGGCUACGAGCUGCACCAGAGCAACUUCUUUCGGAACAUCGGCACGAUCCUGACAUUUGCCUUCGCCGGAACUUUCCUUUCCGCCGUUGUAAUAGGCGUCAUACUAUGGGUGUACACGCGGAUUCCCCUCGACGGCCUGGACAUGGGCUGGGUGGACGCCAUCUCGGUCGGUGCCACGCUGUCCGCCACUGACCCCGUCACCAUCCUGGCCAUCUUCAACUCGUACAAGGUCGACCCCAAACUCUACACCAUCAUCUUUGGCGAGUCCAUCCUGAACGACGCCAUCGCCAUCGUCAUCUUCGAGGCCGCGCAGAAGUCCAAGACCGGCGCCGCUCACAUGUCUGGGAUCGCGAGUCUUUUUUUCGGUAUCGGGACCUUCUUGUUUGACUUCUUUGGCAGCUUGGCUAUCGGCGUCGCUGUCGGCAUCGCCGCUGCCCUCAGUCUGAAAUACACAUACGUGCGGAGGUACCCCAAGAUCGAGAGCUGUCUGAUCGUGUUGAUUGCCUACUCUACAUAUUUCUUCUCUCAGGCCAUCAAGAUGUCAGGUAUCGUGUCUUUGCUCUUCUGCGGUAUCACGCUCAAGCAUUACGCCUACUUCAACAUGUCCAGGAGGACCCAGCUCACAACCAAGUACAUCUUCCAGGUCCUGGCCCAGCUCUCGGAGAAUUUCAUCUUCAUCUACCUCGGACUGUCGCUGUUCACCGGGGACGGCCUCGAGUAUAAGCCUCUCUUUACCAUCGUCACCGUGUUGGCUGUCUGUGCGGCGAGAUGGGUAGCCGUAUUCCCGCUGUCGAGAGCGAUCAACUGGUUUAUUCGGUAUCGAGCACGUCGCCGCGGGAUCAUGGACCAGCCGGACGAGCUACCUUACAACUACCAGGCGAUGCUUUUCUGGGCCGGUCUUCGAGGUGCCGUGGGUGUGGCCCUCGCCGCGCUCAUCACCGGGAACGACAGAUUUGCGCUGAAGGCGACAGUGCUAGUGGUGGUGGUCCUGACCGUGAUCAUAUUCGGCGGCACGACAGCGCGAAUGUUGGAGAUCCUCAACAUCCGGACGGGCGUGACGGAGGAGCUCGAGUCGGAUGACGAGUUCGAUAUCGAGGCCGUGCCGGGAGGCAGCUACUACAAGCGCGGCGGCUCAGGCAUCGGCUUUGCCCCGCGACGGGCAGGCUCCAGUGUCCACCUCGACCCUGUCGAUGGCGGCGCCAAUGGGAAGCGCAAGGCCGACGACCCGGCCGGGUGGGCAUCCGGGCACAGGAGCCCGCACGGGAUGGGCCGGCCUGUGAGCAUGAGCCGCAAAGGCUCGAGGAACGCGCUCGAUCCGGAACAGGCGGACCUGCUCGGCAGCACUUCGAACAGCGUGACCGAGUCGGAGCUCGACAGCGACGUGGACAUCUCGGACCUGCCGCCCGCUGCACCAAAGCGCAGAGCGAGCCCCGCCCCCGCGGCCAACAACGGGGAAAGCUCGUCCACAUCCGCAGGAGCAGCAGCAAUGGGAGGAUCCCGCGAGAGGUCUGUCACGUUGUCGGAGGGCGCCAAGUCAGCCGCGGGGGCGCUCAAGCAGCUGCUCACGGCCGAGGACCCAUCGGCCCUGUUCAAGCAGCUGGACGACGACUUUAUCAAGCCGCAUCUACUACUAGACGAUGGCCGGGGCAGAGGAGGAAAUGGA